GGUGCGAGAGUCCCGCACGGGGGGACAUGGAGGGCGCGGCGAGAUGUCGGGAUCGAGCCCGGAGCCACAGCGAACCCAUGGGAUGAAGGGGAAACAGUGCCCAAACCCUGGGGGACAUCAUGACCGACCCCAGAGAGGACACCAGGACUCACCCCGGGGGGACACUAAGCCCAAGCCCUUGCACUCCCCAGAGCCCUGAGGGGUCCAAAGAGGACCCCGGGAUAGGCCUCACCCAUCUCGGGAUAGACCCUCCGGAGCCCUCGGGCCAGUGGCCAUUCUGGCCCCUCCCUCCCUGCCCCACACUUUGGGGGACUUACGGGCAGCUUCCCUGAGGGGACGAGGCUGAGGAGGUUGGGGGCUGCUGAGCUCCCCCAUAUCCGCCCCGAGGCCCUGGGUGUCCCCUUCCUGCGGGGGUGGAGGUGUGAGGCAGGAAGGGCUCUGGGGAGCAGCCGCCUUCUGUUUUAAGGAGUUUUGGGGUUUUGGUCCCCCACCCCCACAGCCUCGCUAUAAAAGGUGUCAGGGCAGUCACCCCCUGUCAGUCACCUGCUGUCACCGGCUCAGUGUGCUCACCAUGGCUGCCACCUUCUUCCUGCUGCUGCUGCUGCUGGGAGCAACACAGGCCACACCUCCCCUGCCCUGCCAGGGUGACCCAAUGUCCUGGUGCUGGGACAUGGCCAUGGUCACACGCUGUGGCUGGGAGCAGCCGUGCCAGAACCUCUGGGACAGCCUGGGGAAUGUGGCUGAAGGGGACAACGUGACUGAUGGGGAUGCUGUGGCGCAGGGCAGGGGGAUUAAGUGCAGCCUGUGCACCAGGGCCCUGAAGAAGAUAAAGACACUAGCAGGUGACGACCCCGACCAGGACGCAGUGGCAGCAGCACUGCAGAAGGGCUGCCGGGUGCUGGGCCGGGCCAUGGGCAGGCUGUGCCAGCGGCUGGUGAACAAGUACAAGGACCAGAUCACUGAGGGGCUGCAGAACGGGGACAUGCCCCGGGACAUCUGCACCGCCAUGGGCAUCUGCCGGUCCUGAGCACGGCACAGCCCCAAGUGCCCCUCAAACCCCGAUGCUCCUCCAGUCCCUGAUGCCCCCGCAGCCCAGCCAUCUCUCUCCACCACAAUAAAGUCCCUUCUCUGGCUCCA